AUGGUCCAUUAUCAUGCUAAAUCUAAUUUGUGCGUAUAUAAGAGGACUGAAAAACAAACUGCUGUUGAUUAUUAUAAACCAAGAUCUGAAGCUAAACUUGGAAUCGAAUUUAGUAGUACUGCUUCACCAACAUUCAAAAGUAAUGAUAAUAUGUGUGAAUAUAAAUUUGACUCUCAAAAUA